AAAGCUGCUUUUUCUGCUGAACGCAGCCAUUGAUAAUUGAUAGCAGACUACAAAAGUUGUCAUCUUAAAUGAUUUGGCGGCUGUAGAUGCAGCCGAAAUUUUGGCAUUUAUAUGAUUAGGUGACAUAAAUUCGCGGGAUGUCCCUGUUAAUUCGAAGAUGUGGAUUCGAUAAUUAUUGGCGAUACAUGAAACUCAUAAAUCCCGUGAAGAUUCGCGAAUUACAUAUCUCGUUAAUUAACCUAAGAUCUGUAAGAAACUUGUGCAAUUUGCACGUGAGUUCAAAUAUUUUGGAUAAUAGAAUUAGAAGAUGCUUAGAUUAUGUCGCGAAUCAAUAUAAAAAUAAAUCCUGGGAAAAUAAUUUCUUCGAAUUCAUCGAUUUAAAUACUAUUGAUGGCUUGUUGAACGAAAGAGUGCAACUCGUAGAAAAUAUUCAGAAUUUACAGGAUCUAGCGAAACAGGAUGUAGAAAUGAAAAAGUUAGCUGAGGAAGAAGAAGCAUUGUACAAGGAACAAUUGAACAAACUCGAUGAGAGAUUGUUAGACAAUAUAUUGAUCAAUAUAUGUAAGGAAUCUUAUGAUAGUGUUAUCGUGGAGAUAACGGCGGGGGUUGGUGGCCAGGAAGCAAUGUUAUUUGUUAAGGAUCUUUACGAUAUGUACAUGGGUUAUGCUAAAUAUUUAGGCUUAACUUGUGAAGUAAUAGAUAUGGAGACAAAUGAUAACAAUGGCAUUAGACACAUCAGUGUUAUGAUGUCUGGUGAUGAAACCUACAAAUUGCAAUACGAAGGCGGUGUACACCGAGUACAACGGGUACCAGCCACAGAAAGAUUAGGCCGAGUACAUACUAGUACCGCCUCGGUAGCGAUCUUACCAGCGCCGUCAAAAGUACAAAUUGCAAUUAAUGAAAAGGAUCUGAAGAUUGAGACAAAAAGAGCGUCUGGUGCGGGCGGUCAGCACGUGAAUACCACUGAUUCUGCGGUAAGAAUAGUCCACUUGCCGAGUGGGCUGAGCGUGUCCUGUCAAGCGAACAGAUCGCAGAUCAAGAACAAGGAAAUGGCUAUGACUAAGCUAAGGUGUAUCCUGUAUGAGCAGCAAUUAAACAAACAGACGACAUUCAUAAGCAAGCUACGACAGAAACAGAUGGGAAUGAGAUUAAGAAACGAAAAGGUCAGAACAUAUAACUACAAUCAGGAUCGUGUGACUGAUCAUAGGCUACAGAAUGGAACUUUCUACAAUUUACCAGAAUUUAUGCAAGGUGGAGUGGCGCUAGAGAAACUGGAGGAAAGAUUGCACAAAGAUAUGCAGAUGAAAACUUUAUUGGAAGUGAUUAAUAAGUUGGAAACACAAUUAAAAUAAUAUUAAUUUUCUCUCGUAUUAUUCUGAUAUAAAAAUGUUUUUGUUUUAUAUAAAGGGAGGCAAGACAUUGUAUAUAGCAAAUUGUAAUAAAAUCUAUAUAAUAGAAAGAAGAGUCAUAUAUACUUUCUGAUCUUGUGAAAAUUUCAUUUUCUUUCAUUUUUUUCUAGCAAUAGUAUAAUCUAUACUAUUGUUUCAAUGGUUCACUUAAUAAAUGCAAAAGAUUUAUUUA